CAGCGGCCGUCCACACUCAGUCCUAGUCUAGGUAAAUGGACCGUCGAUGCAGCACCACGGCUCACAAUAAACACAUCCAAGCCUUCAAAUCGAUUCCAUAUUCAUAACAACCGAGUAACCAAAAACCUAAACAAGCACACAUAUUACAGCUAUUUAUCAGUUACGCAUAUUACUCGAGUAGGAGCAAUGUCCCUCUUUGUUCCCGGAUCACACACAGCGGGGUAAACUGAACGCCUCUCCCUUCAGUGCAGCUGCAGGCUCCCUUCUCUCUCCCUGGUCCCCGCUCCGCGCAGGCGCGUUGCCUCCUCUGUGCGCUGUGCUGUUUGCAUUGUGUCUGAACUGCCGGCGAGCUUUAAAAAAUAUUAUACCCACCACGGCAAUGUCGGGCAGGUCGGUCCGCGCGGAGACCCGGAGCAGGGCAAAAGAUGACAUCAAGCGGGUUAUGGCCGCGAUCGAGAAAGUACGAAAAUGGGAAAAGAAAUGGGUGACGGUUGGAGACACAUCUCUGCGUAUCUACAAGUGGGUCCCAGUAACGGAACCCAAGUCAGCAGAAGAUAAAAGCAAAAAUAAGAAGAAGGGCAAAGACGAGAAGUAUGGCUCGGAGCUCACCACGCCGGAGAACAGUUCGUCCCCCGGGAUGAUGGACAUCCAUGACGACAACAGCAACCAGAGCUCCAUCGCGGACUCGUCUCCGGUCAAGCAGGAGAACAGCUGCAGCACCAGCCCCGCACCAGACGCCAGCACCCUCUCCUCCCACCGCGACAGCGACGCCAAGACUGACCAGAGCCCCGACAGCAAGAGAGGGAAGAGCCUGCCGUCAUCAGACAGUUCGGAGCGGGCGGCCAGUGUAAAGAGGGACGGCGCGGCUACGGACGAGAAGCACUCCCCAGACAGCAAAGCCUCUCAGGACCUGGAGGAGGAAGCCCCGCCCACUAAGAAGACCAAGCAGGAGUCUCCACCGCAGGACUUUGAGGAGAGCUAGAUGACUCUUCAGCGGGUCUACCACCCCUCCCUUUCUAAACGUCCUCCAUUAACUUUCUUCCUUUCUUUCUUUCUUUCUUUCUUUCUUUCUUUCUUUCUUUCUUUCUUUCUUUCUUUCUUUCUUUCCCCCCUUUUCCACCUGAACAACUCGGGAGAGAAUCUCUCCUCGUGUUCUGCUGUUUCCUCUUCCCCCUCCUCCACCUAUAUCCCCCAUCACCACAACACCCACCCGGAUGGAUAAUACCUCUACUGCCCACUCACCCUACCCCAUCCCCCCCUAACCCCACUCCCCCUCUGUGCUUCCUCCUAUCUUCUCCACACACUCACAAAAUGCCAAGUGAAGCCCUGACUCCUCCAGGCUUCCCCUCUCCCCCCACCUGCCCCGUCCCCCCCAUCCCCCGCCCGUCCCCCCGCCCGCCCCGACCGACCUGUGAGACGGGGUGGGAUGGGGUGUAGGAGCAGGGCUGCCAGGCCAGAAGAAGAAGAGACAAGCUGACCUGCAUCUGUGAUUUUAAAAACAAAAAACCUGAAUAAAUAACAAUGGGGCCGGGGCUUUUGACACUUUUAGAUAAAAUCAGCAAGAGUAGGGGUCAAAGGUCCGACUCCUGUCCCUCCCCUCCACCCACCCCCCUUUUUGAAAACAUUUAACUCUUUAAUGGUUUAGCUUCGGGAUGCACACAGAGGCUAGCCUGGUUAUCAGCGGCUCGUAGGAAACCUCUACAAUCCUCCGUGAUGGCCUCCUGGCAGACUUAUGUACUAUUACUGUUGUUUAGGGAAUCGUUAGGGUGUUUCUCAGGAGGGUCAAUGCACUGUUAUGGUAUCUCACAAGUGAUCACAGAUUGAGUUGCUGCUGUUAGUGGGUGUGUCUUGUUCUCCAUCCAUGGAAGGUCACGUUUUUUUUUCUUGACUUAUUUUUUUUAAUGAACCUAAGUUCUCAUUCAAAAAAGGAAGGAAGAAGGGGUACUGGUUGAGGCUGGCAUAGGUACCGCAGGUGUGCCUUCCGUUUGAUUAUGAUUAAGCGCAAUUUGUUAGGUCAUGAGCAAUUAUUUUUUAUAACUUACGAUUUUGUGCCAUAUUCUGUCUGUUUUUUGCUCAGAACCAUUUCGUCAUUGAAUUGUCUGAGCUAAAAUUUAUAAUUGUACUUUUUUUGCACACAUUUAAGACUGGAUUCGGAAAUGUUACACAAAACCCCUCUGGCUUGUGUUCUGUAUGUUAGUUGUGCGGACCAAAGGAGUUACAAUUCAUCUUAGGGCAUUUUGUCUUUAUGCAUACGCUGGUUAGUUAUCAGUUUCACUACACCGGUCGACUUUAUUAACGACUUCCACUCUCUGACUUGUGUAUAUAUCACUAGCUACACUUGACUAUACUCGCAGUCUCCGUAGAUCCACGUAGUGUCGGGUCUAUUUAAUUACCCCAUGGCUAUGCUAGUUUUAGCAUCCGUUCCUCCCUUAAAGGUGCUGUCUUAGCGGCUGAAUCCAUUCAUAUUCCUGGCAUCGUCCAUUUGUUUAUCCUUUUCAUUCGUCAUCGACAUCAGUGUGAAAUUUACUUGAAACUACCCCGUAAGGAUUCAGGCCUUUGACCUCAAAAUGUAUAACCUCAAACCAUAUUUCUUUUUUUUUUGAUUUAGUUGAACACUUCCAAUGUGUGAAUAAUCGACGUCAUCGCCUAAAUCAACAGUAAAACUGACUUUAAAUAACUUGAGCAGAUGAUAUAAGUCUCAUGGAUGGAGAAAUAAGAUACGUACAAUAAAAAAAGUUCUCAGUUUAGAAGAUGGAUUAGCAUAUACCUCAUUCCCAGUUGUGCAGCGCUGGAACUUAAAAUGCUAUGUAUUGACAUUAACACAGCAUUAUUUACUCAGUUAAACAAGAAAUCGUACUUCUGUUGUAGCUUUCACCUGAUCGAGCCGAUUGCUUCUAGUUUGCUGACAAUUGUGCGUGUGUGUGGGUGUGCGUGUGUAGAAACAAAAACAAACAACAAAAAGAUCUGUGAGAUAUGAAACCUUGUAUGUUGUUAAUGGGACCAUGUUUUACUUUAGAUCUUGUACAGAUUUAUAGUUUGGUUUGACUUAUUUAUUCCAUCAGUAGUUGGUUUUUAUCAUGGAUUUGUUUUCUUAAUAAAAGUCACAAAACGUU